AUGCCCUUCCACCCCCACCCCCACGACCUCCCCUCCGCUCCACCCGCAAUCUCAGAAAUCUCCUUCCUCCGCUCUCAACUCUCCCGCACCGCCCGCGAACAUACCCUCCGGCUCGCGCUACUCUCGAACUCUUACUCUUCUCGCAUCUCUCAGCUCUCUCAACAACAUGACGCGCUCUCUUGUCAAUAUGACGCGGAAGUCCGCAUGCACGAUACGACGGUGGUCCUUCUCAAGCACGAGUGCGAGGGGAAGAUGCGGGAGGUGGAGGUGUUGCAGUGCGAGCUCGAGAGUCUAAGGUGUCGGUAUGAUGCUAUGGUGGAUAUCAUGAGAAGAGAGGCGGAGGAGAGGGUGCUGGGAUUAGAUGAGAAGGUUAAGAGGCUGGAGGAGGAGAGGGAGGAUCUGGUUAAGGGGCAGCAAGAGGCGAGGAGGCAAUGUGUGAAGAGGGACGUGGAGUUGACAAAGGCGCGCAAGGAAAGGGAGGAAGGGAUCAAGGGAGGCAAGGUUAAGGAUACGGAGAUUGAGGAAUUGAGAGAGAAAGUGAAGACCCUCUCCGCGGAGAACGCAGCAUUUUCACUCGCCAGGAAUGCGCAAGCUCGGACUGCUAAGGUCAAGAACCUACCAGUACCGACGGCUCCUCGCGCGAUGAUCAUGGCGUCUUCUUCGAACUCGUCCUUCGUUUCGUCCAGCUCGUCUUUCUCUAGAUCGGCUGUCCCAUGUCCGGCGACAUCUAUGGCACUGCCCACGGUCCGUCUACAUCUAUCCGGAGGCCCAUUGACAAAUCGUCCCGAGGUAGAGAAAGAGGACACCCCCACCAUGAUCAUGACAAGCUCUUCUUCUUCUUCGUCCUCCAAUUCAUCCUCAUCCUCCUCGUCCUCGUCCUUCCUAUCGCAAUCUCAAUCGCAAUCGCAAUCCUCGACUUCGAUCUCGACGUCCUCCAUCGCGACCUCCACAUCAGCCUUACCAUCAUCGUCACCGUCAAGUUGCCUCUCUGUUUCUGUUUCAUCCAUAGCGGCGCCGGCCGUCGUUGAAGGAAUGCGAACGCACUGCACAGGUACAGGCGCUCCACGAUGCGUUCCGGGCGUUUUUUUCCCGACGGGCGUGUUCGGGUUCGGCCAUGGGAGUACUAGUACUAGUAAAUCGCAGGUCAAAGUCAAGGCUGGUCCGAGUUUGCAAGAGAACCUGGCUUCUUUUGCUCCCCACUCGGAUGUGCGCGCUAUGUCUGCGUUCCCCGCGUCGACCUCAGUCUUAACGAGCAGUUCCUCUACGUCCUUGUCUCCGAACGCCCAUCUAAACAACGUUAACACCGCACUUUCGAACUCCAAGCAUGUCGCGCAACCUCUGCAACACGAAACCCAAACUAAAUCCCAGACUAAACCUCAGUCCGCUAUCGCCAUCGUUCCAUCCGACAAACCCUCCGCUUUCGCCACCCUCACAAAUAACAUUAAUUCUCGAGUCUCGACAUCGGCGUUCGCAUCGAACACUGGGAUUUUGCCUGCCGGUGGAUCAACAUCAACAUCAACGACCUCAUCAUCCAGGAUGGCCAAAAGAGCACAUUCGUCUGCGUUCAUGGACGAUUACGAAUAUGAAUAUAUCGCGCCGGCUCCGGCUCCGUUGUUCAGUCUUAUUGAUCGUAUCGAGCCUCGGACUUCGACUACACUCUCAGCACGCAAGCGGCCGCAUUUAAAUGGCUUGCCAUUACCUGUGACCGGCGUUCAGACCAAGACCGGUAGCGGAACAGUGCCAGUGUGGUCGAGAGGGGCUUUGAAGGCUGCCGACUCAGAGGGGUUGAAGUUGGAUAGGAUGAAUCUUGAUGAUUGUGACGAGCGGGAUGCGGAGGACGAUAUCGAGAACGACGGCGAUAUCGUGAAGGUGAAGACUGAGCAGAAGGACGAUGGACUCCCGUUGCCUCCUUACCAGGUCAAAGAGCGAUCCAGGACCGAAACGCAACCUACGUGUUCUACGACUACGACUACGACCGUGAAGACGGAGAGCAUUUGCGAUACUCGAUCGACGCCGUUCAACGACACCUACACGGACCUACACGGACCUCGAGGCGCGGAAUUCGGUGCUCUUCUUCUUGCUUUAGACCAUCAUCUAUCGACCGACGACCGUCUGCCUAGCUCCCCAGCUAACUCCAACCAGCCCCAGCAAAUAUCGACCGUAAACAGCUUGACGCGACAAUUUACAACGAUCACCACCAGUCUUCGCAAACAACAGACGGGUAUCUCAGAAUACGCGUCCGCAAUCCCGAUCGACUUUCUGAAUACCGAACCGCAACAACAAGAACCUCUCAACGAGAGACCCGUAAGCCCUGCUCAUCGUCCACGUUUUCGAUGGCACGCUCACCGUGUCUGUCCACCAUCGUCUAUCGCCGAUGCAGCAUACAAGCCCUGCCCCUAUUUCCGCAACCCAAACUCUCCUCCAACCUCAAUAUAUUCCCAACCUUUAGUUACCGACGCUUCGUCUAUAUCAUCCUUCUCACCACACCAGCUCAACAACAACAAUAACAACAACACCAAUCACCAACUCGAACAACACCAAUCAAUAAUGUCCAACAACAUCACCAUGGCCGCCCCCGCCGACUACACCACCAACUACACCACCAACAACCGCUCUGACACCGCCUCUGGCAUCGCGUCGUCCGCAUUCACCCUCGCCUCUCCACCGUCCCCUACGCAAUCUCUGAAACGGCGCCGCCAGUUCGAGGCCGGAUAUAACUCGGAUGGCGAUGCCGACAACGAGGAAGGGACCAGCUCCGACUCUGACGAAGAGGACGAGGACAAGGAAAAUAUCGCGUUGCCUCGCAAGAGGCUUUGUCUGAAUCUCGAGGACAGCCCGCGCCUUCGUGCGGCAGAGCUGAGCUCGGGAAGGUCUUCGAGGGUGUCAUGGUCGAGUGAUGCCUCGUCGACCUAUACCCUCUUGACGCCGCCCGACUCUCCUCGAGUCGUUUUCCGUCCCCUGGAGAUCAGCAAAGUCGAGGACGAAGAUGAAGACGAAGACGAUGCCGACCUCAAGGACAGUGUCCUCUUCGCAUCCGACAUCGAAGGCCCUCCUACCUCGUCGGACGAGUCAGUUGGCUCACGCGGCUCUGUCGACUACGACAACGACUCCGAGGUCCAUUACACGGACUCCGAAGUCGAGCUGAAGGCGACGACUCAGCACCCACUUAGCUUCUCCUCCACUGAGGCAGAGGAGGAGUCUGGGUCCGAGGAAGAUCAUUGGUCGGAGGAAGAGGAGUAUGGGGACGUAGAAGAUGCAUACGAGGAUUGGGGCGUGGAUGAAGAAGAUGAUUAUGAAGGUGAAGAUGAGGAUGGGUACAACGAGGAGGGGUACACCGUAGUGAAGAACUGGGUCGCCGUCCAAGUCAAGUCCUACCCCCACUAUACGGGCAUGAGCGGAUACGACAUAUUCGCUAGGCAUUGUGUGGCCGGCUUCUCUUCCGAGGGUGGGAUUGUGGUCUCAUCAGCAGUCUUCUCUAAUAUGAUGGCUGCCCACUCUUUUGCUGUUGAGGAAGAGGAGGAAGAGCUUUAAUGUGUUGUUUUUAAUUCCUUUUUUUCUGGUAUAUCUGUCUUCUCUUUAUCUCUCUUGUGUCUCGCUCUCCGCUAUCUUCGCUCUCCUAUGCACCUCCUUUCUAUUUAUCGUCUAUCACACUCUCCAACUCGUUUUACUUACCGAUCAAACCGGACUCAUCGCUAAUGGAAGUUUCUGCCGUCACCCAUCCUAUUCCAUCUCAUUUUGUUGUCUUGCUGUCUCGUCACCUUAACCUUUGUUUGUUUUUGUUCCUGCUUUCGUCCGUUACUGUUAUCGUUGGUUUUGUAUUUCUGC